AUCAUGAGUCAGUUUUACACUCUCAGCUGUAGAAGUUUUCUAAUUUUAUUCACAGAUAAGUCUUGACACAGAUCAUUCUCACACCAAGAGCGAAUGAGAUUAGAAGUGUGCUCAUGUUUCCUCCACCCACUUUUUUUCUUCUUUUUUUUUUCCUGCCCGAAACGCUUGCACUGCCACUCCUCGACUCAUGCACGUUUAAGAACAAUCACUUAACGAAUCUCAAAAUAUAUGGUAAAAAGUGCCAGGAUUUCAUCAGAUGAAAUAAUUCACCUAUACACUCAGCAACAAUGACUAAUAAUGAUGAAGGCGACAAUACUGGGCUAGUUUUGGGUCUCUUGUUUUUCUGGAUCCUCCUCAUCCUGGUCCUCGUCUAUCUCUACAAACGGCUAAACCAAGAGAGCAACAAUCAGUACACUAUCCACCGUCUGGUCUACACUCAGGGAGGCCUGAGGGAUCGUGCGGUGCAGGGGGUUCAACUUGUGACCAGCUUUGUUGACCGCAUACGACCCCAAAACAGUGACGAAGAGGCGGAGAUUGGUGGCGAUGGAGAUACAGACAACAGAGAAGACGAAGAAGAAGAAGAUGGAGGAGACAAAGAUGGGGAAGGUGCCUGUCACAGGGAGGCCAAACAAGAUGACCAAGAUGACGAGGAUGAAGAGGAGGACAAGGAUGAUUCUUCAGACGACUACUCCAGCGUUGACCUGAAAGAAAGAGUGAUGCGGAACAAUGGCGCAGAGGACAAGAAGACAGAAGUAAAACAGGAGGAGUCAUCUAAGGCUGAAGAAAAGGUAGAAGAACCUAAACAGCAGGAAGAGGUGAAGGAUGAAGAGAGAGUAGGUCUGCUUGUAAAUAUAAAGCCAUUUUCUGGCAGUGCUAUUUGGUCUGAAGAGAAGACGGAGGAAAGCAACGUGACGGCUUUGUAAAAAAAUAAUAAUACGAGAUGGCUUAAAUAUAGGGCAGAGUUUAUUGAGAGACACUGGUGGUUUUAGGGGUGGAGCCACAGGGACAUUAUCCCCAGGUGAAAUCUUAUUGGGCCCCUGAAAGUAACCCUGUUCAAAAUCCACAAAAUUCUAAAGAAAACUGGCAAAAUCCAAAUGCAAAUAAAUUUCAAAUUAUAAACAUAAUACCGGAACCAUGUAUUGUUUUUAAAUAUAUGUUUGAUAUUUAUUUUUUUUUUGCUUUGUUUUGAAUUUGCAAUAUAUGCUUUUUUCUUAAUAUUUUGUUUACCAAUUAAAAUUUUUGGUGCAAAACUUUUGCCACAAAAUGAACUCUAUAGAUUUUACUGUGCAAGAUUUUACAAUUACAUUCAAGUGUUUGAACAUGGUGUGACUGGUGAAAUAAUACGUGGCUCCUUGAUAGCCCCUUAUUUAAAAAAAAAUCUAGAUCUGCCGCUGGUGAGACUUUAGAACUAAAUGUGUGGAUGGGUCGCUGCUGAACGAUGUUGUGUUUCUUGAAAAAUACUGAUGUGAACUUAGCUUGUUUUUUUCUAAUAUGAACUGCAUGAAAACGUUUUCUUAAAAUAUAAUAGUUAUCAGUCGCUUUGUAAUGCUUUUGUAAAUGCUAGUUUACACCAGAGCUAAAUUUAUUAAGACAUUUCCAGAAGAAGUGUGUGUAAAUAUUCUUUUAAAUAAAUGAACAUGGAACAAUGAA